AGCCCCUUUAAACCAUCUUGGGACAUCCCCAUAUCCCAAACAGCCCUCUGAAGCUCCCCAGGGCUGGGAUACACCAGAAAGCCCCCCCCCCCAAGUUUCGUGGAAAGACCCUUCCUCAGAGAGACCUCUCAUGGCUGGGGAUGUCAGUACAGCCCCCGUCUUCCUUGGAGAGACACCCAUAACGGUGGGUCACAUUCAUCUCCUGUCCCACCAGUCACCCCUAUAGCCCAGGCAUCCUCCAGACUCCCUCCUGCUGCUAUCCUCAGGGGCCUCCCCAGAACCAGGGACUCCAUUGUGCAUACACACAUCCCGCUCCCCUUCUGAGGCACCCUCAAAGCAAACCCCUUAAUGACUCCUGCUUCCCCACAUUGAGAGACCCCCCCCACCUGGAUACCUGUCUUGGACCAACUCACCCCAGAGCUAGAGGUCCCCCUGAACUCCCCUCCCUAGUGGGCCCCACCAUACACUCUAUGCUACCCUGACAGCCCCCAGUUUUCCCACGGACACUCCCUCUCAUGAAUGCAGAGGUCCCUCAUUUCUUUCCUGACAUUCCUCCGAACCCCAUCAUCUCCCCACAGGGGUCACCCAGAUCUCCCCCCACCUUUCUUUCUGCCUCUCCCCAAAUCCACUUGCUCCUUCCCCCCAGCAAAUCUCCCUCUCUGAAUCCCUUUUCCCCCCCCAUGCACUGAAGGUCUGGGAUUCAGCAUCGCAGGGGGUGUGGGCAACCAGCAUAUCCCCGGGGACAACAGCAUCUACGUCACCAAGAUCAUCGAGGGGGGGGCUGCUCACAAGGAUGGACGCCUCCAGAUUGGGGACAAGAUCCUCGCGGUAAACAAUGUCAGCCUGGAGGACGUGAUGCAUGAGGAUGCAGUGGCCGCGCUGAAGAACACGUAUGAUGUCGUCUACCUGAAAGUGGCGAAACCCACGAACAUGUACCUCAAUGACUCCUAUGCCCCGCCCGACAUCACCACCUCGUACUCCCAGCACCUGGACAAUGAAAUCAGCCACCAGAGUUACCUGGGGACUGACUACCCACAAGCCAUGACCCCCACCUCUCCCCGGCGCUACUCCCCCAUACCCAAGGAGAUGAUGGGGGAAGAGGACAUACCCAGGGAACCCCGCAGGAUCAUCAUCCACCGUGGCUCGACCGGCCUAGGAUUCAAUAUUGUUGGGGGAGAGGAUGGCGAGGGAAUCUUCAUCUCCUUCAUCCUAGCUGGGGGGCCGGCUGACCUGAGUGGGGAGCUGCGGAAAGGGGACCAGAUCCUCUCGGUGAAUGGUGUGGAUCUCAGGAAUGCAACCCAUGAACAGGCUGCAAUCGCACUGAAAAAUGCUGGCCAGACGGUGACUAUCAUCGCCCAGUAUAAACCUGAUGAGUAUAGUCGCUUCGAGGCCAAAAUCCACGACCUGCGGGAGCAGCUCAUGAACAGCAGCCUGGGGUCUGGCACCGCCUCACUGCGCAGCAACCCCAAGCGGGGCUUUUAUAUCCGGGCGCUGUUUGACUAUGACAAGACAAAGGACUGUGGGUUCCUGAGCCAGGCGCUGAGCUUCCGCUUCGGGGAUGUGCUGCACGUGGUCGAUGCCUCGGACGACGAGUGGUGGCAGGCGCGGCGGGUGCACCCCGACAGUGAAGGCGAUGAGAUCGGCUUCGUGCCCAGCAAGAGACGGGUGGAGCGCCGGGAGUGGACGCGGUUAAAGGCCAAGGAUCGGGUUCCAGGAUCGGGCUCUCAAGGUCGUGAGGACUCAGUCCUGAGCUACGAGACUGUCAUGCAAAUGGAAGUGCACUACGCUCGCCCCAUCAUUAUUCUGGGGCCUACCAAGGACCGAGCCAAUGACGACUUGCUCUCUGAAUUCCCCGACAAAUUUGGAUCCUGCGUCCCACACACCACGCGGCCAAAGCGGGAGUAUGAGGUGGACGGGCGGGACUACCACUUCGUGGCCUCGCGGGAGAAGAUGGAGAAGGACAUCCAGAGCCACAAGUUCAUCGAGGCCGGGCAGUACAAUAGCCACCUCUAUGGAACCAGCGUCCAGUCCGUCCGUGAGGUGGCCGAGCAGGGCAAACACUGCAUCCUGGACGUGUCGGCCAAUGCCGUGCGGCGGCUCCAGGCUGCCCAGCUCCACCCUAUCGCCAUCUUCAUCCGGCCCCGGUCGCUGGAGAACAUCCUAGAAAUCAGCAAGCGGAUAACGGAGGAGCAGGCGCGGAAAGCCUUCGAUCGAGCUGUCAAGCUGGAGCAAGAAUUCACAGAGUGUUUCUCCGCCAUCGUCGAAGGCGAUAGCUUCGAGGAGAUCUACCACAAAAUCAAACGGAUUAUUGAAGAGCUCUCCGGGCCAUACAUAUGGAUACCGGCCCGCGAGAGACUUUAGGAAACCAGCUUGUGGGGACUCCAGAGCACCGGGACCUGCCGCCCAGUGGCCUGACCCAGGAGAACAAAACAACGGAAUUGAGCCGUGUGGUUGCUUUUUGGGGAGGAGGUUUCGGGGUGGGAAUGGGAUCUGGUCUAUUUCUUUCUUCUCCGUUCUUGUUUUCUCUCGCCUGGCUCCCCACCCACCCCAACUCUGCUCCGAGCCAAGAUCUGCUCCCAUCUCUUUGCAACCAGCCCAUCCGCUUUGAGGAAAGCGCUCUCUGCAUGCUUGUAUUUUUUCAGGAGAUGUUGGCUUGUGACGUCUGCGCUUCUUCUGGCAAUUUGCUUCCCCCUCCCACCCCUGGGAUCCGGACCUGGGAUCCAAUCAAGGAGAUGCGCAAAGAAUGAAAAGCGGGGAAUUUGGGGGGAGAGCAGGGGAAAUUAAAGGACUGAAAUACGUGAAGCAAAGAGAGGGGUGGACAAAAAUUCCUCUCCAGAGGCAGGAAAAUGAAGGGAACCGGAGGAUUUAUUGGUCUAAAAUAUUCCACCUGCUGUUUCAGACAGAGAUCAAAUUAGACCCUGUUUAUUUUUAGACCAAAACAGGUGAAAUCCAUACCAGAUCUGUUGCAUUAUUUUGAUGAUCACCAUGGGGAAAAAACAAACUUAACGGAGUGGAAGGAAAAAUGCAGGGAAACCAGAUUUAAAAAACCCCUCUCGAGCCUUCUUUUUUUUUUUCCUUCCUUUCUUUCUUGGCUGGGGCCACAGGAGAAAACACUCCACUAUCCUCCUUUAUCUUUCUACCAAGCAGAAGGGAAACUUUCUUUUUAAACUAAUGCGGGAGGGAACAGUGGCUCUGUGGAGCGAGAAAGAGACAUGGUCUUGCCGAUUAUUUUUUCCCGGACAUUUCCAAAUGGAGCGGACCCUUUCUUUUACAUUCCCUUUAUUUCUUGAUAUGGUCAAGCUCCUUCCUUUUCGGCGCAUGGUGAACGAUGUGGCUUUAAAAACAAAAUCAACAGGAAAAUAUGACAAAAAAAAAAAAAGAAAUAGCAUUUUGCUGGGUCAGCAAUUUAUAUUUUUCUUUCCGGGCCUGGGUGGGUGGACAAGAGACUUAGGGAGGGAACGAAACAAAUGGAAUUUUUGACGUUCUGUGAAUAUUUUUUUCGGGGUCAUAUCAAGUAUUUUGGUGCGGCUGUACGUGAUUGUAUGAAACUGGGGGGAGGGAUGGGGGGGUCGGGGAGGGAGAUGUCAGAAAGUCCUUUCAUUUCUCGUUACUGGCAUUUUCUUUGGGACAUAUUCUUAAUGCUGACAAUGCUUAUUUAUUUAUUUUAUUUUUUGUAUAUAAAGUCAAGCAGGCUGCUGGGAUCCUUGCUAGAAAAAGACCUAUCUCCUGCAUCUGGCCUGAGUAGCUAAUUCAGCUAGUGAUGAAUUUUCCCUCCUGCCCCAGAAAGUAGGAGAGAGAUGGGGAGAAGGAAGGGAGUGAGCAGUGGGGACCCCAUAUUUCAGCUCAGAGGCACAAUUAGUGCACAGAGCAGAACCAUCUGAUCCUGCCACCUUCUCCGUCAGAUCAACGUAUGCCCCAGUAUGCAGCCUCUCCAAGGACUGAGAAUAGCUGAGUAUCGUGGGAAGAACAAAGUGGGGCUGGGAGCCAGGAUUGCUGGGUUCUAUCCCCAGCUCAGGAAGGAAAGUAGGAUCUAGUGGUUUCAGCGGAUGGGGCUGCAACAGGAGCUAGGACUCCUGGAUUCUGUCCCCAAAAUGAACUUUCUCAGCCUUUGCAAUGACCAUAACCUGCCAGGAGGGCAGCGCUGUCUGCAGGUAAUACCCCAGGACAGCCAGCCGCCACCCCCUCUCCUCCAGUGCUGCCAUGCCAGGAAGGGUUUGGGAGUGGAGUGGGGGGAAUCACCCCAUGGCACAGAACUGUUUCAGGUUUGCCGAAUGGGGUCUCUUUCCUAUGGGGGGAGGUGGGGGGGGGGAGAAAAUACUAUUUUGCAUAGAAAUAUUAUUGCCAUCGGCAGAGAAUUAAAACAGACAAUAUAUAUAUAUAUAUAGACCCAAUUGUUUCACACUGUGACUCUAUUUGCAUACAGAGAUAAACAUCUGGAUAUGAUGGGGGGGGGACGACUCAGAGACAGUUCUCUCCCUGGCUCUGGGAAGGGAGUGAGGGCUGAUAAUUGGAUCAGGGUGGGGCUGGGCACCAGGACUCCUGGGUCCUAUUCCUGGCACUCUGCCAGCCAUAUCCCAUGGCCCGCUGCCCCUUUAAUAGAUGAGUAGCAGUGUCACAUGAGAGCCAGUGCUAAGGUCCAGGGCCCAGUUGGCCCCUAGGGGUCUGUGCGAGAUGGAAGCUUAGCUCUCCUGACGUCUGUGCCAGGUUUGGGAUGCUCUAUAACCUCCC